UCCAGCGCUGUGGAUGCGGCGCGCGCUCCUGGCGCCUCCCGGCAGUGGCGGGCUCAGGUGUGCCUGAGCUCGGGUCAGUGCCAUGAUCCGGCAGGAACUCUCCACAUCCUACCAAGAGCUGAGUGAGGAGUUGGACCAGGUGAUUGAGAAUUCACAGCAGGCAGAUGAACAAGACAAGGAGACGGUCAAAGCCCAAGGCCCAGGUGUUUUACCAGGUUUGGACAGUGAGUCUGCCUCCAGCAGUAUCCGCUUCAGCAAGGCUUGCCUGAAGAACGUCUUCUCUGUCCUUCUCAUCUUCAUCUACCUGCUGCUCAUGGCUGUGGCCGUCUUCCUGGUCUACCAGACCAUCACAGACUUCCGUGAAAAGCUUAAGCACCCUGUCAUGUCUGUGUCUUACAAGGAGGUGGAUCGCUAUGAUGCUCCAGGUAUUGCUCUUUAUCCUGGUCAGGCCCAACUGCUCAGCUGUAAGCACCAUUACGAGGUCAUUCCCCCUCUGAUGCACCCUGGCCAGCCUGGUGAUAUGAACUGCACCACGCAGAGGAUCAAUUACACCCACCCCUUCUCCAAUCAGACCAUGAAGUCUGCCCUGAUUGUCCAGGGGCCCCGGGAAGUGAAGAAGCGGGAGCUGGUGUUCCUCCAGUUCCGCCUGAACCAGAGUAACGAGGACUUCAGUGCCAUAGACUACCUGCUCUUCUCCUCUUUCCAGGAGUUCCUGCAAAGCCCAGACAGGGCAGGCUUCAUGCAGGCCUGUGAGAGUGCCUACUCCAGCUGGAAGUUCUCCGGGGGCUUCCGCACCUGGGUCAAGAUGUCUCUGGUGAAGACCAAGGAGGAGGAUGGGCGAGAGGCCAUGGAGUUCCGACAAGAGACCAGUGUGGUUAACUACAUUGACCAGAGGCCAGCUGCCGAGAAAAGCGCUCAGUUGUUCUUUGUGGUCUUUGAAUGGAAAGAUCCUUUCAUCCAGAAAGUCCAAGAUAUAAUCACUGCCAAUCCUUGGAACACAAUUGCUCUUCUGUGUGGGGCCUUCCUAGCAUUAUUUAAAGCAGCAGAGUUUGCCAAACUGAGUGUGAAGUGGAUGAUCAAAAUUAGGAAGCGGUACCUUAAAAGAAGAGGCCAGGCUAUAAACCACAUAAACUGAAGUCACCUUGUUACUCAUAAAACUGUCACAUUAAUGGAAGUUCUCCUCACAUCCACGCUGAUAACCGAGCCACCAGCAAUCCUGUACUCACUUGAAGAAAGGGACCUUGCAGGGAGGAAUAGCCUGUCAGACUGGAACUUCUAAACGACCCCAGAAAGAGGCUGUUUUGAGCCUAAUGGAAAAGGUCCAACAGAUAAUCUGAAAAUUAUUUAAGUAUUUAAAUUAUUAAUGAACAUUUUACAGACCUGUCCAGUGUUUUAGGAAUAGGGUUUGUGGAAGAUGCCUUUCUUCCUCUUUGGUUCACUGUAUCUCAUUAGGCUUCAGCUUGACAGUGAAGGCUCCACUUUUACCUUAGAUUUUCCCUUGAGGUUUUUAAAGUGGACUAUCAAGAUGUGUGGGUCAUGCUUUGGAACCUGUGCACUGUAUAUAAAGAAAGGCAAAACCAUCGCCCAAUACUGCCUAGGUGCUGGCAAGCUCUCUCAUUUGUUAAAUAUUAAAUGAGACUUAAACAGCUACUAGAAACAAGUGCUUGAAUUUCUUAUGGACUAACUAGCCAUGACUUCAUAGGAUCUAUUACACAGAUUCUUUAGCUAGAACUUAUGUUAAUGUAGGUCUGAGUUUAGUGAUUAACACUCAACAAUAGCACAGAUGUAUAUAGUAGGUUGCCUACACAGUGUUUUGAUUUCAUUAACAGGUAAAUAAAAGUUGGGUUGAUAGAAAAGGAAUGAGUGUACCAGUAUGAGUAUCUGCUAAAUUACUGGGCACCGAGACUGUCAUGCUCUGACCUCCAAAAAUGAAAGACAGAAUCUGCACUCCCAACACAAACAGAUCUGACUCCGGAGGUGUCACCACUGCCUCAGGAGGUGUGCUGAGAUGAUGCCAGAAGAGGGACACGCCACAUCACAUCUUGUGAAUAAGCUGGUCAGUACUUCCCUGUGCCUACAGAACCACCUGUCUGACAAGGGGGGCAUUCAGAAUAACCUCAGAGCUGCUGGUCUAUGCUCAGAAGUAAUUCCUGUGCUCUUCUUUGCUGCAGGUAAUAAAUCUUUACCUGCUCUUUUAAAAGAAAACAAAACCAAAACUGUCAGUCCAGCCUUUGACAGAGAUAAGUACCUAUUAAAAACCUAGGUAUUGGACUGGCGGAGUGGCUCAAGUGGUAGAGCACCUGCCUAGCAAGUGCUAGUUCAAAGCCCAGUAUGGUCCAAAAACAAAAACAAAACAAAACAACAAAAACAGAAUCGCUAAAAACCUAGGUAUUUUUCACAUUGACUGAUCGAAGGUUUUAAGAGUUGUUUUCAGUUUCAAAUUAUUUACAUGCUCGUUCCAUCCGGACUGGGAAUUUCCUAAAUUCCCAGUCCGGCUUCAUGAUAAUCCAAACAGAGCAACUCUGUAAGUAGGGCAUUUUAACUCCUAACUUGACAGCGAGGAAAUGUUUUGUGGUUGAAUUAUUAAAAGCGAACUUGUAUAAGGAAGUAUUCCCUGCUACCUUUUUGCUCCAUGAGAAUUCAAAUUUCAAGUAUAAAAGCUUACAUCAUCAGCAUGGAAAAACAAGUGUGUGUUUAUUUUUUAAAGUAUGUCGGGGACAGGAGUGUUGCUCAUUGGUAAGCAUGUGCUCAUCACACAGGAGGCCCUGGAUUUGAUCCCCACAGGCC